CCUCGGGUCCCGGGCCCGCGCACCUGCCGGGCCCGCCCCGCUCCGCCGCCCGGCCUGGCGGAGCGGCCCAAGGGCACCGCUCGGCCCCCGCCCGCCCCGCGCCGCUUCCCCGUCGCAGCGCGGAGCCGGCGGCCGCCCGCCCCCGCCGCCGCCCUCGCACGUGUGCCGGGGAAGGCGCUCGGUGCCGCCCGGGCGGCGCUUCCCCCCCGCUCCCCGUCGCCUCCCCCUCCUCCGCAGCGGGAGCGAGAGCAGCCUCCGCCCGGCAGCGCCGGGGCCGCUCGCCGCCGUGCCGCCCCGCCAGGACGUCGCCGCCGCCGAUGGCCGCCCCGCUGCCCGGAGCGCCCGGCGCAGGGCGGGCGGCGGAGCCCGCUGGCGGCGGCCCCCGCGGCUGCCCCCGCCCGCCCCCUCGGCCCCCCGGGGGGGACCCGCCGCCCUCGCCCCCCGACAGGAGAAAAAAGAAAGGUGACAGUAUUUUGGAGAACCCAUCGAUUCCAAAUCCUUUUCCCGAGCUGUGUUGCUCGCCGUUUGCAUCAGUUUUGUCAGCCAGUCUGUUGCCCAAGGCAACUUCAAGAAAAAAGCAGCAUUUUUAUUUAUUGCAGGUAAUCAAAGUAUAUAGUGAAGAUGAUACUAGCAGAGCUUUGGAAGUACCAAGUGAUAUAACAGCCAGGGAUGUGUGUCAGCUCUUGAUAUUGAAGAACCACUAUGUUGAUGACCACAGCUGGACUCUCUUUGAACAGCUUACCCACACAGGUUUAGGAAGAGCUAUAGAGGACCAUGAAUUAGUGAUGGAAGUCCAGUCAAAUUGGGUAAUGGAAGAGGAAACCAAACUGUAUUUUAGAAAAAAUUAUGCAAAGUACGAGUUUUUUAAAAAUCCACUGAGCUUUUUUCCAGAUCAUAUGAUAUCUUUUCCAAGUGAGACCAAUGCAGCUCUAAGCCACUCUGGGAUAUUACAGAUGUUCCUUAGCUCCAGCACAUAUCCUGAGAUUCAUGGUUAUUUGCAUGCAAAGGAGCAGGGGAAAAAAUCAUGGAAAAAAUGGUACUUUCUUUUGAGAAGAUCUGGCCUUUAUUUUUCCACUAAAGGUACAUCUAAGGAGCCAAGGCAUCUGCAGUUUUUCUGUGAAUUCAGCAAUAGUGAUAUGUACAUGUCUUUAACAGGCAAAAAGAUUUCUGGAGCACCAACAAGCUAUGGAUUCUGCUUUAAGCCUAACAAAUCAGGAGGAACCAGAGACCUGAAACAGCUCUGUGCAGAUGAUGAACAAAGUAGGACCUGUUGGAUGACAGCAAUUAGGUUACUCAAGUAUGGGAUGCAGCUGUAUCAGAAUUACAUGCAACCAUAUCAAGGUAGAAGUGGCUGCAGCCCUUUGAAUAUUGCACCUAUGAGAAGCAUUUCAGAAAAUUCUUUAGUAGCAAUGGAUUUCUCAGGACACAGAAGCAGAAUUAUAGAAAAUCCAACAGAAGCCCUUUCAGUUGCAGUUGAAGAAGGAUUAGCAUGGCGGAGGAGAGGGUGUCUCCGACUGAACUCACAUGGUAGUCCUAUUGCCGUGACUAACAUGGCUAUACACAGAUCUCAGUCAUGGUUUCAUCAUAAAAUCUCUAGAGAAGAGGCUCAGAGACUUAUUUUGCAGCAUGGACUUGUAGAUGGGGUAUUCCUGGUACGCGAUAGCCAAAGUAACCCCAAAACAUUUGUAUUGUCACUGAGUCAUGGAUUAAAAAUAAAACAUUUUCAAAUUGUACCAUAUGUACACAAUUUCUUAAAUCAUCUCUUUUGGACUGCCUCCAUCAUGUGUCCAUAUCUCACUGCAUCUUCAGUUCAGGAUAGUUUCAAUAUUUGUAGUCAAACAUUUUGUUGACCUCUCUUGUUGUUAUUAUGGUAUAUUCAUGUACAGGUCUUCAGGGGAACAAAACAAAAUCAUUAUUUAGUCCAUCUGCUUUAUAGGUAAGCUGAAAGUUACUAAACUGAAAUCAUAUUUCUGUUAAUUUUCGUUGAACAUACUGUCCAGUUAUCCUGCCAGAAUGGUUAGCCAUCCCCAUUGCUUCCACUGUCUCACGAGGUGGUUUAUGUGGGUUUCUUUACAUGCUGCUUCUCAUAAGAUGAGAAGUACUUGAGCAUUUUGUGUUUUGGCCACAGAUACUUGACAUAACUGAGUAGACCCAGAGCUUUUCUAUCUCUCUUUACAAGAACCUUUAUUCCAGACCACAUGAUACUGUAGCCUCCAUGUCUCUUCCUGCUGAAGUUUUUAGCAGAUUCUGCUCUUUCUCAAUAGAAAUUAGUCAAGUGGCACUAUUUUUUUUGGUCUUUGAUCUGUUGAUUCUCUCUGUUUAUUCACCAAAUUUCUGUAUGCCUUACCUAGGGCUUGUAGCUGAUAUCCUCCACUAAAAAAAGUUCACAUAGAAUAAAACUGAAGCAUUAUUUGAGAGGAGGAAAAGAGUUGAUCAGAUUAGCUAUAAGAAUUGUCCAGGAUCUUGUUGUAUUUAAGUACAGAAUAUGGAGGAUUCCUUCAUCCAAAGGUUAUAGUUAUGUACUGCAUCCCAUGGGAUUAUCAACAUAUAAUCCUUGAUAAGAAUCCCUACUUUUGGUAUUUAUUUGAUAUAACUAUUGUGUGGUUUAGAAAACCUUCUGAACUCUGUACAGUGUAUGAUUCUACUUCAUUGGGAUAUCCUUUAACUGUCAAAUUUAAGAGACCACUUUUGCUUUCCUUAUCAGGAAACAGACCCUCUCUCCUCCAAGUGCAGGACACUGCAGUUAUUGUCAGUUUCCUCUGAGAUGGAUGAUUCUUUUCUUCCCUUCAAAAGACUGUGCUAAAACCAUGCUCUUCUGUUGUGGGAACUUUGGAAGAAUCAAGAAUUCUUAGUUUUGAUAUAAUUUUCUACAGACUUGGGUCACAUUUUCCAUGCUGUUCAUUGAGAAGACCUGUAUCACUUCAUUGCAAAACUUGACUU